AUGAGUACCCAAAACUCCGUCCAAAUUGCACUUCCCAAAGGUGCUAAUGACCAAAACCAGAACCAAGAACCAGGAGAGGACUUUGACUACUCACAAAGGUCCCAAUGGCUUCGAGCUGCUGUAUUAGGAGCUAAUGAUGGAUUGGUUUCAAUCGCAUCAUUGAUGAUGGGGGUUGGAGCUGUUAAAACAGAUGUCAAAGCCAUGAUCCUGACUGGUUUUGCAGGACUGGUCGCUGGAGCCUGUAGCAUGGCAAUUGGAGAAUUUGUUUCUGUUUACUCUCAACUUGAGAUAGAGGUUGCACAGAUCAAGAGAGAAACAGAAAUGAUAGAGACCGGACAGGAUGAAGAAAAAAACAAGAAAGAAAAUCUGCCUAAUCCACUGAGUGCGGCAAUGGCAUCGGGUCUUGCAUUUUCUUUAGGAGCCGUAGUGCCCUUGUUGGCAGCUGCAUUUAUAGGAGACCAUAAGGUGAGGUUGGCUGCCAUCAUUACUGCAGUGAGCCUGGCUUUACUAGUUUUUGGAUGGGUUGGGGCAGUGCUAGGGAAGGCUUCUGUAAUCAAGAACUGUGCUAGGGCGUUGAUUGGAGGUUGGAUGGCUAUGGCCAUCACAUUUGGAAUGACCAAAUUAAUAAGCUCCACUGGAAUGAAAAUAUAA